AUGAGCAAAAUACAAGCUAUCCCUUGGGUUGAAAAAUAUAGACCAAAACUUCUUGACGAAAUCAUUGGUAAUGUUGAUAUUAUUAAAACACUAAAAAGUUUUCGGGAUUCUAAACAAUUUCCUCAUUUACUAUUAUGUGGUCAACCAGGAAUUGGUAAAACAACUUCAAUUCAUUGUUUAGCUCAUGAAUUGUUAAAAGAUAGGUAUAAAGAAGCUGUCCUUGAACUGAAUGCAUCUGAUGAACGUGGAAUAGAAACUAUUCGUUCUACAAUAAAAUCUUUUUGUGAAAAGAAGUUAGUAUUACCUGAUAAUUUACCAAAAAUUGUUAUAUUAGACGAAGCAGAUUCAAUGACAACAGCUGCUUUUCAAGCCUUACGUAGGACAAUGGAAAUACACUCUAAAACAACAAGAUUUGUUCUUGCUUGUAAUACUCCAGAAAAGAUUAUUGAACCUAUUCAAUCAAGAUGUGCAAGACUAACAUUUAGACCGUUAGGAGAAGAAGAACUUAUGAAUAGAAUUAAAGAAAUAGCUCGUUGUGAAAAUGUUGAUAUUGAAGACGAUGCUGUCAAAGCGCUUGAAAUCGUUUCUGAAGGUGAUAUGCGUAAAGCAAUUAAUGCACUUCAAACGUGUGCUAUCAUUCAAGGGAGAAUCACUAAAGAACAAGUCUAUCAACGAAAUGAUCUUCCAUCAGCAGAUAAUAUUAUUCAAGCUAUUCAGUUAUGUCUCAAGAAAGAUUUUGAUGGUGCAUUAAUUGAAAUCAAGAAAGUUCAACAACUCGGAUUUGAUGGAAAUGAUAUAAUGGAUAUGAUUGUAAGAAUGUUUUCUAAAAUUGAUGCAAGUGAAGAAAUAAGAGUACGUCUUUAUGAAAUAGCAGCACCUUUUCUUAUUCAUAGAGUAAAUUCUAAUGUUCAAGUUUAUGGGUUAAUGGCAAAAAUUUGUUCAAUUUAA